GCGGGCGCACUGUGCUGCGGGAGAGCCGAAAGCUCUGCCUGCCGCCAGAGGGGGCCGAAGGGCCUGGUCCGAGGCCUGCACGGCCUGGCGGCCUCGCGCACACGGUCUGCGUCAGCGGGCGGAGCGGUCUCCUGCUUUUCUAGGGACCCUGUUACUUGGUGACCACAAUGAAAAAUGGGAACCAAGAUGAUCUGGUAACGGGCACACUUCCUAAGCGCAAGAGCUCCAAAGAAUGGUUGGAACCACAGUCGCUUUCUUUUAUGGAGGCUUUAGCUAAAGAAGACACUGAUGCAGCUGUUCAAUCAAUUUUAUACAGAGAAAAUUAUGUAAUAAAGGAAUUAGACAAGUAUUUAAAUCAUUAUGAAUUCUUAAAUGAAAGAAGAAAAGAAAUGUUGUAUAAAAAAUGGGUUGAGCGUGUGGAAGAUCCUCUACAGAAGAAAAUUAUAGAAAAAGUUUCUUCACAUAAGAAGAUUAAAAAGAGGAGACGACAAGAAUUAGAGAAUUUUUUGAGAUAUGUUAAUAAGAAGGAAAAUGCGUUUAUAGAGCAUUAUGAUCCAAAAGAAUAUGACCCUUUUUAUACGAACAAAGAGGACCCCAAUUUUCUGAAGGUUAUCAUACCGCCAGUUCGUGACCCUUUGAAGAAAGCUCAAUAUGACAAGGAUGAUGAGAAGCGAACUCUUCUUCAGUGUGAGACUGGCAAAAUCUAUACAAUGAAAGAAUUUAAAGAGAUCGAGAAGGCCCGAUUGCAGUCCAGGUUCCCGAGUAUUUCUAAUUCAAGGCAAUGCAUGACUCCAAAUGAAUGGCUUAAAGUGCCCAUGAGAUAUAUAGAGAGUGAAUUUUGUAAAAAGAGCAGGGUCAAAGUAAAGGUGAAUUUUAAUGCUGGUAGUUUUGAUUUGAAUCCACUGAGAAGGGUGCCUGAUAUUCUGGAAUUCCAGGAGGAAGAAAAGGCAGUCAGUUACAAAAACAAAGGACUUUCCUCUCUGGACAGUGAAGAUCUGUGUCUCCAGGAGGGAAAAAACCCAAGUUCUAAAGGGAUCAGUGCUGAAGGUCGCCAUUCUUCUGCAGCCCUCCGCCAGGAGGUAGAAAGGAACGGGGACCAGGAUGCGGUUGUGACAACCACACAUCCUGAUUCCUGAUCUGAACAAGGACCCACAAAAGAAGGCUGCUUUAGACGAAGUUACCUGCUGGCAGGAAUCCUUCUGAGGCGAACCAAGGAAGAAACAUAAGAAUUAUUCUGUUCUCUACAAUAAACUUCUUUUGAUAUAGAGUUCAGUGCCUGUGAUGAUUAAGAAAUUACAAUGUAAAAAAACCAAAACAAACAGAAAAACCGGAUGUGGUGGUGCAUGCCUUUAAUCCCAACACUUGGAAGGCAGAGGCAAGUGGCUCUCUGUGAGUUUGAGGCCAGCCUGGUCUACAGGAUGAAUUCCAGGACAGCCAGGAAUACACAGAGAAACCCUCUCUUGAAAACAAAAACCAAAACAAAAAGAAAUGACAUUACAUUUUCCCAAAAGUGUAUUUUCCUCUGAAAUUAAAAUGUUCACAGAAGGGGCCAACAAAAAGAGCCAUCUUCCUGAAUGUCUGUCUCAGUUCACUUGGUUUGUGACUAAGUUAUUCUUUCUGCCUAGGAUUCCUGAAAUUGAGCUUUAAGAUAUCAAUUGUAUUGUCAUAUUUUAUUGCAAUGCCAUAUUUAUUAUUUGCCUUAUUCCAGGAGUAUUCUAGGCUCUUGCCUCCAAUCUACACAUGGUUCCAGGUGAAAAACUCAAUUAAAAAUUGUGAAACAUUAUAUUGUGGGAAAUUUCAGAAAAGUAUAUACAAAUAGAGAUAACUGUGUAAGAGACCCUCAUCUACUCUCAAUAAAGAAAAUUUUAU